UCCAAAACCAAGCGCCCUAAACCCUGAUAAAAGAACUCCGAAAACAUUAAAAAAAAAUCAUAGACCAGUUCUCCAAACCCUCACGCUGCCGGCUCCCCAUUUCAAAAAAAUCAACCAAAACAAAACUCAAAAAAAAGGAAAAAAAGAAAUCUCCACUCUAUUUCGAUCCAACCCCAGCUGUCCUCAAUCUCAAACGCGCUUUCGUCUUCAAGCUCCCCGCCUUCAAAUCUCCAAAAAAUUACCCAAAAAACCCAAAACAAAAUAAUGGGUUAUCUUAAUCUCCACCUCUCUCUCCUCUUCCUCUCUCUCUUCUUCAUCUCAACCCAAUCCCAGCCCCCAGAAAUCCCCCCGGUCUGCAACGGCAUCCAGUUGUCCUACUCCAUCACCGACCGCAAGCAAAUCCACCCUCUUCUCAAGGACCCCAAAGCCCAGCCCAGCUCCUUCAAAGCCACGGCCACCGUCCAAAACAACGGCCUCACCGAGCUCAAAGCUUGGUCCCUCCUUAUCCAGUUCCAGCACCAAGAGCUCAUCGUCUCCGCCGGCGGCGCUGUCCUCAACAACAACUCCCCGUUCCCCUUCAACACCUCGGACUCCGAUGGCCUCGCCUCGUUCUCGGGCUUCCCGAGCCCAGAUCUCAAAACCCCCAUAGAGACCGCUGGAGAUUUGACCCAGAUUCAGGCCCAGAUCGACCUCGUCGGGACUUUCUUCGGGUCACCUCUACCCGCUUACCCGCUGCCCAAAUCGAUAUCCCUCGACGACCCUUUAUACAUCUGCCCAUCGCCGAAGUUGGGUUUCAAUUCGAGCAGUUCGAUAACGAGUUGCUGCACUCUGGACCCGAAUCCAAAGCUCAACGACACGAAGGCCGACAACGAUACCGAUACCGACUUCUUGCCGAGGCGAAGUGGGGAUCUGAGCAUAUUCUAUGAUGUGCUUCAGGCUUAUGGGUCGAGUUAUCUUGCGCAGGUGACGAUCAGUAACGAGAGCCCAUUGGGCCGGCUUGAUAAUUGGAAGCUCUCAUGGGAGUGGAUGAGAGAUGAGUUCAUUUACUCGAUUAAAGGGGCGUAUUCGAGCUUGAUUGAUUCUUCUUCUUGCAUUUUGGGGCCUCAAGGUCAGUACUAUCAGGACUUUGAUUUCACAAAGGUGGUAACUUGCGUUAAGAAACCCGAGAUCCUCGAUCUGCCCUUGACGAGAUUCAACGACACGGACGUCGGAAAAAUCCCAUUUUGCUGCAGAAAUGGCACCAUUCUUCCGGCGAUCAUGGACCCGUCGCAGACCAAAUCGGCGUUCCAGAUGCAAGUGUUCAAGAUGCCGCCGGAUCUCAAUAGGACUAAAGUGCUCCCGCCGCAGAACUGGAAGAUCGUUGGAGGGGCACUGAACCCGAGUUAUCGGUGCGGGCAGCCGAUUCGGGUCAACCCGACUCUGUUCCCCGACCCGAGCGGGCUCGAUUCGAGCACCUUAGCCGUUGCUACAUGGCAAGUUGUCUGCAAUAUCUCAAAGCCAAAAGGGGCUAGCCCCAAAUGUUGUGUUUCAUUCUCAGGGUUCUAUAAUGACUCUGUUGUGCCUUGCAAAACUUGUGCUUGUGGAUGUCCUGCUAAAAAUUUGAGAAAAUCUUGCAAUGCUAGCGCUCCUGCGAUCCUUCAGCCUCCUCAGGCUCUUCUCGUUCCAUUCGACAAUCGAACUGAUAUGACUAAGUAUUUCGCUGCGAUGAAGCAUUACAAUGUACCAAAUCCGAUGCCUUGUGGAGAUUAUUGUGGCGUUAGCAUCAAUUGGCAUGUGAAUUCGGAUUAUAGGACAGGGUGGAGUGCGAGGGUUACAUUGUUCAAUUGGGAGGAUGUUAAUUUCGCUGAUUGGUUUAUGGCGGUUAAUAUGGGAAAAGCUUAUGAAGGGUAUGAAGCCAUGUACUCUUUCAACGGAACUAAGAUGGGUAAUAACACUAUCUUUAUGCAAGGGCUCCCGGGCUUGAAUUAUUUGGUGGGUGAGGUUGAUGGAGCUGGGCCUAAUGAUCCUAGAGUACCGGGAAAGCAGCAAUCGGUGAUAUCUUUUACUAAGAAGGAUUUGCCGGUGAUUGAUGUUGUUGGUGGAGAUGGGUUUCCUAAAAAAGUGUUUUUUAAUGGGGAGGAGUGCUCGUUGCCCGAUAAUUUUCCGGCGAGUUGGGGUUUUAGGAAUAAUGCCGGUGGGUUAUUUGGUUUGGUUCUUGUUGUGGUCGCCACUCUGAUCUUGGUGUCGGAGAUGUAGAGGAUUGAUGCUUGUUGAUGCUGAUUCUUUUGAUUCUUUGCGAUGGAUUGGAUUGAUGGGCAAGAGCUAAACUGUUUGUUUGGCAAUUUUGGUGGAGGUAGAAGCUGCUGCUUGAUUUAUGACUGGGUUGUGUGAUGAAGAGAUGAAUUGGGUAAUGUUUGUCUUGAUCCUCUGUUGUUGAUGUUGUUUCUCAUACUCAUAGAAAGUAUGUUAACUUUUUAGGAUAAUCUGUUUGCAGAUAAGCCUCGAAUUACCAGCUUCUUUCAUUUACUGUGGAUAUCAUGCGGAUGCUAAUUUUGCUUGAAAUGCUAUGAUAUAUUGCCAGAUUUAUUGCUUA